AUGUUCGUGGACGAUCCAGCCAACAUGGACUCCGUGUGGGUGUCUUCCGCCAUGGGUGCCCUCAAGGCAUUGGCACUGGUUUGUGAUAUAAUAACAUUUCCAGUAUAUUUGGUUCUUCAACAACCAUGGAAACAAAGGCAACUCGCCAAAAGGCCAAAGGCAAAACAAGUGCACAUGGAUGAAAAUAGUGUCACAUACAGAGCAGUGGGAGAGCCCAGGUCACAUCAUGUUCGGCUGCUCCGGGAAGGAGUGGACACUUUAGAAAAAAUGUUUAAAUUUGUUGCAAAGACGCAUGGUAAUAAAAGAUGUUUAGGUACUAGAGAAAUUUUGGGCGAAGAGGAUGAAACGCAACCCAACGGCCGAGUUUUCAAGAAGUAUAAUAUGGGUGAUUAUAAAUGGAAAAGUUUCAGUGAAGUGGAUCACCUCGCUACAUCUUUUGGCAAAGGUUUGAGAGAAUUAGGAAACAAACCACGGGAAAAUGUCGUUAUUUUUGCUGAAACAAGAGCGGAAUGGAUGAUAUCUGCACAUGGUUGUUUUAAGCAAAGCAUUCCUGUUGUCACAAUCUAUGCAACUCUGGGUGACGAAGCAAUCAUUCACGGAAUUAAUGAAACGGAAGUUACUACUGUGAUAACCACGCAUGAUUUAUUGCCAAAGUUCAAAAAGCUGCUAGCUAAAACUCCCAAAGUCAAAACACUGAUAUAUAUGGAAGAUCAGUUAAAACCAACUGAUACGACCGGCUAUAAGGAAAAUACUAAUAUAAUCUCAUAUACUGAAGUUGUCAAGCUUGGAUCACAAAGUACUCAUGAAUGCUGUAGCCCAAACACAAAGGAUACUGCAAUUAUCAUGUACACAUCUGGUUCUACUGGUGUGCCUAAAGGUGUCAUACUUUCACACGGAAAUUUAAUUGCUACUAUUAAGGCCUUUUGUGAUGUGGUCGAUAUUUAUCCUGAUGAUGUAUUACUUGGUUUUCUACCUCUGGCACAUGUAUUCGAACUUUUGGCGGAAUCCGUCUGUCUUUUAACUGGUGUACCAAUUGGAUAUUCAACUCCAUUGACUAUGAUUGACUCGAGUAGUAAAAUCAAGAGAGGCACUAAAGGAGAUGCCAGUGUUUUGCAUCCAACUUGUAUGACUGCGGUUCCAUUAAUUCUGGACAGGAUAUCAAAAGGCAUAGCAGAAAAAGUCAAUAAAAAUAGUUCAUUUGCAAAAAGUUUAUUCAGAUUUGCAUACGAUUAUAAGAGUAAAUGGGUUCGACGAGGCUAUUCAACUCCAAUUGUUGACAAAUUGAUAUUUAGCAAAGUCACUUCACUUUUGGGAGGUCGUGUACGCUUAAUUUUAUCUGGAGGCGCCCCUCUAUCACCAGAUACUCAUGAACAGAUAAAAAAUAUUUUAUGUGCAAAUGUUAUUCAAGGAUAUGGACUUACAGAAACUACUUCUUGUGCUACUGUUAUGGACAAAUAUGAUAUGAGCAUGGGCAGAGCAGGUGCACCAACCACAAUGUGUGAUAUAAAAUUAAUAAAUUGGAUUGAUGGCAAUUACAGAGUCACAAAUAAACCUCAUCCUCAGGGCGAAAUUGUCAUAGGUGGGGAAAAUGUUUCGGAAGGUUACUACAAACUUCCUGGAAAGACACAAGAAGAUUUCUAUGAUGAAGAAGGGAAGAGAUGGUUUAAGACUGGUGAUAUUGGUGAAUUCCAUGCUGAUGGCGUUUUAAAAAUUAUUGAUCGCAAGAAAGAUUUGGUCAAGCUUCAAGCUGGUGAAUAUGUUUCUUUAGGCAAAGUAGAGGCAGAAUUGAAAACAUGCCCAGUUGUAGAAAAUAUUUGCGUAUAUGGGGACUCUACCAAACAGUAUACAGUUGCUUUGGUUGUACCUAAUCCCAAACAAUUGCAAGAUUUGGCUUUGAGAUCUGGUUUAGAAGGCGGAGAUGGAAUGGAGUUCGAAGAGCUUUGCACUAGCCCAGCUAUUGAGAGGGCAGUGGUUAAGGAAUUAGCAGAACAUGGAAAGAAAUGUAAAUUGGAAAAGUUUGAAGUGCCUGCAGCUGUAAAAUUAUGCACAGAAGUCUGGAGCCCAGACAUGGGUCUUGUGACAGCUGCAUUUAAAUUAAAACGAAAGGAUAUUCAAGAACGUUAUCAAGGAGAUAUCAACAGAAUGUAUGCCUCAUAG